ACUCCGGAAGUAUGUAGUUCAGCUGAUUGACGGUGAUGAUGAUGAUGCUGAGGAGAGAGAGAGAUGAAGCAUCCUCCUCCUCCUCCUCUCUGAUAGGCCGUGUGUGUUUUUAGGUCGAUGUGACUUUCAGAAAUACAGACUUAUUAAUGUUUCAUAAUGUGAUUCCGUGAGUUUUACUCUGAUGUCGGUAAUCUUCCGGUGACUCAGCGAUGGUGGAUUUGUUAUCCGGGAGUGGUGCAGUGUCGCCCGGACAUGUCAGACACGGACAGGGCUCCUGCAAUAACGGGAAGAAAACAUCGAAAAAGUCCCGAACGAGGAGAGGGAAAAGGGGCAGAAAGAGACGGAGCAAAAAGAGCAGCAGGAACAACAAAACACCACCACCGUAUUUCCCACCGGAGGUACCGUCCGACCGUCCCCGGGGAUUAAUGCGACUGCUGCCCGCUAAUGUAGCUUAGCUGUGGCGCUACAGAAAACCUGAUAUAUGAACAAAUGUACACUAAAAUUAAGAAAAUAGGAAUAACAUGCUGUGAAAAACAUGAUAUUCCAGAUUUAUUUUUCAAGCCUCCACUGCCAAUGCGUGUUUUCUUUUCUGCGGACUACGCCGCACCAAACUGCCUUCAAACAUUCAUCACUUUAGACGAAUAAGUAAAAAUGUAAAAAAACAUCUUUAUUAAAAGUUGACCGGAUAAAGUUUCUGUCAUAACGAAUCCCGAAGAGCAAUUCGGCUUUUGCUUUUACUGAAUCCUGUGUAUAUUGCUGCGAUUUUUAGCUUUAAUUUUUGAGGAUAGUUUUAAUACAUCAAGCUAGGGCUAUUACGAAAACAUCUUAAAUAACUGGAAAUAAAUAUGUGAAAAGAUCAGCAGGGGAUCUUAAACUAAGGCCGGAAUAAUAGUAAUAUCUUCUGAGAGAGAAGACGCCAAGAUUAAGUAUCGUGAGGUGGUUAAACCUCGUUUUUUUUAUGAUAAAAUUUAAAUAGCAGGAAAAGUCAAUGAUGUUCGGUUUACAAUAAGAAAUGGGUGGGACCAGGUGGAUGUGACAGAGAAAGUCUGUCUCAGUUUGGAGAAAUGAUGUUUUUUUUUAUAACUUUACAUGGAUUUUCUAACAUGACCUCUAAUUACAUUAAAUAAAAUGUUUUUAUCAUAAAAACUUAAUGCACAAUGUUAUAUACAUAUAUAUAUAUAUAUAUAUGUAUGUGUGUGUGUGUGUAUGUGUAUGUAUUUAUAUAGACCUAGUGAAACUCAAACACAUCCUGUAAGUGAACCAAAUUCAUCAAUAUAUCUGCACCUUUGGGUCGAAAAUUGGUUUAAAUUCAAAACAUUUUAGUACAUUAACAAUAAUUUUUUGACAAUUAAGUUUCAUGUUACAACAUCAGAGGUUUUAUGUGAUAAUGUUAAACUGUUUUAGUAUUUCUGAGAGACAGUAAUAUCCCUUGAUAGAAGUACAUUAUCCAGCUAUUAUUGUAACUAAUGUCGUCAAUAAAGACAAAAUAAUAAGAGUCAUGAUUUUAAUGUCUAAAGUUUCUAAAAACUCCUGAGGGCGUUUAUCAGAUAGUUUUGUUUUUUACAUAAAUGUCCAGAAUCAUAACCUCAGUCAAAUCAUGUCCUUGAAUGUAUUUUUCUUCAGCAGGAUUAUAUUUUUGUGUUCAUUAGCAAAGAAGAAACUCGACUCCUAACUCUGCAGCUAAAAUGUUCUUUUCUGUCUGAACAGGCUGAAGAAGGAAACAUAGAGUACAAGGUAAAUACAUUUUUAUCAACUGAACACAAUCUUACAACACGAUAGGAUGAAAAAAAAGAUCAAUGCACCGUCUGAGGAUGAGAAUAAGAACCAGCAGAAAAUGUGAGGCGUUGACUUUGUUCGACAGACAGAGACAGAAUAUCUGUUUCAAAGGUCGACUCCCGCUAACAGAACAACUGUUAAACUUAGUGUUUCUUCUGAAAACACACAUAUAUACGAUUCACUUUGGACAGAAGUAUGGGAACAAACUUAGAGGAGAGACAAGAGUCUGCCGUCCAGUUUCUGAUGACCUCUCUGUCCUUUUUUUACAUCUUUCCUCAAGACCAGGAACCUGGACUGAAAUGAAGAUUUCAGAGUCUGCCUUCUUGUUUUUGUCUUUAUAUGAAGUAUCGUAGAUGACUGUGGACCUUGACUCUUAAAGAUAAUGUCACCAUGGUCGCCUUUACAUGACAUUAUAACUUAAACCACCUGUGAUGUUUUUGCUCUGAGUUCAAUUUUCGUUGUUAUGUCCUGGAAGUAUGACGAGGAGAUAAACAACAAAAGAAAAGGAAGUGAGGAACUUUGAAGGAAAUACAAAAGUAAUAAUUAACGAAGGCAAAAUCAGCUUCUUUCAAACAAAACCAAACAAAAAGAAAGAGGCUGCUGUGGUUAAACAAAAACCAGAUCCAGAGAGACCGCAUGACCGUGGAGUCACUUCCAUCGUCAGACUAUUAUCACACCGGACGGCGUUUGGAGCCUCGAGUUUGAUCAUUCUGUAAGAAUCAGCUUUAGAUUUUGUUGCUCUGUGUUCGAACCCUCUCUUCUCUUUUCUAGUUAAAGUUGGUGAAUCCCACUCAGUACCGCUUCGAGCAUUUGGCCACACAGCUGAAGUGGCGUUUGCAGGAGGGCCGCGGCGAGGCCGUCUAUCAGAUUGGAGUGGAGGACAACGGUCUGCUGGUUGGUCUGACUGAAGCCGACAUGAGGGCCUCACUCAAGACCUUAAAGAGGAUGGCGGAGAAGUAGGUCACAUGGUCACAUAAAUAUUGGUCAGCUGGUCUUUUUGUUUUCACACAUAUGAAGAUAUCAGACUCCCGUCGGUCAACUUAAGUCUUAAUUUAAUACGAUUUUAAUUUGAAGGGACAGAGUUUAAAUAUCUGCUCAGAACUCCUGAGAGGUUCAAACUUCCAGAUUUAUGGAUUUAAUCAGAUUCAUUGAUAAUCUGAUCAGGUUUUUCUACUGUGUCUCUUCAGAGUCGGUGCAGACAUCACGCUCCUCAGAGAGCGGGAGGUCGACUAUGACUCGGACAGAAAUACCCGGAAAAUAGCAGAAGUUCUGGUUCGGAAAGUCCCAGAUGAUCAGCAGGUGAGAGAUUCCACGUCUAAAUCAGGUCAUAGAAAAAUCUCAGAAUAAUGGCUUGAAUUGUAAAAAUGAUUGUGAUGCUUUUAUUAACAAAUAAAGUCGUUGUCGUGUCAACGUCUCGUUUUAUUGUAAAGUUUGGUGAUUAAAGUCGUCAUGCAGUCUGUGGUCAUGUUCACAUGAGCUGCGUAUUUUUGUUAACGAAUAUCCGACCAUUUAAAAAAUCACAUCAUCGUUUUAAAAUCCCGUCCACACAGACCGCCGUUAUAAACAUGCCAGACCUGGAGCUCAGAGUGUUCCAUCCAAUCAGAGCGAGCUUCGCUGUCCCCAAACAUGGAAGAGAGCGCCGUGUAGUUCGCUCGUGUGGACCGACAAAGAGGCGGAGUUACUUUUUUAUAAAGUCAACAAGAAAGAUGGAGGAAGGGUUACUGAGUGGAGAAUAACUGACCCCAAAUAUUCUGUAAAUAUCUGUGCUGAACGACGCCCGACAUCGACAGUUUACGACAUCGACAGUUUACGACGUCGACAAUUUACGACGUCGACAGUUUACGACAUCCACAGUUUACGACAUCCACAGUUUACGACGUUUAAAACAUUUUUAUACGACAGCAAAUAAACGCAAAUCCAGAGUUCGCCAAAAUGUUCGCUUUGGCCGGAGUUCGCCAAAAGCUCUGUUAUAUAACGACGCAAUGGACAAGGCCUGCGUGUGUGUGUGUGAGUGUGUGUGAGUGUGUGUGUGUAUGUGUGUGUGUGUGUGUGUGUGUGUGUAUGUGUGUGUGGUUUACCAGGUGCUUCCCUCAAACAGGUGACCUUUUUUCUUCACGAUAAUUAAUAAUAAAUGAAACACCGAUAAACUGAUUACUGAUUAAUAAACUAAUAAACUGAUUAUAAACUGAUUGAUUAUUCUCUCCCUGAAUCUUUCGCUGUAGCAGCAGAAACUCUUUCCUCAGAUUUUUGGUUUGAUGGAGUUUUUGUUGGAUUAUUCCAGAUUACUGCUGCUGUUAAUCCAGAAGAGAAGAGCUCAGAGGCAGACGUUUCAGUCUGAAGCUCGCUCUCUUCCUCAGAGUUUCCCACAGAUUAUUUGGUAACGCUUCCAGGUCAUAAUCUGAGACCGGCUUAAACUACGAAGUGAAGCUGGUGAAGUUAAUCUGAUCUUGAUCCAACGAUCACUGAUCAGUUUCUCUGUCGUGUAAAAUAAGAUCGUAGAUUCUUCUCUGACUGCCGAGUUUUAAACCUUCAGAUCAAAUAUUGUUGAUCUGAUCAAAGAUUCACAUUUUCAUUUGUUCUUCAUAAUCAAUCAAUACUUCAGUUAUUAACACUCUCAGUCUGUUGAUCAGAUUUUGAAGAUGAAAAUGAUUCAAAAACUCGUUCAUUCGUUUGUUUUAUGCAUUUAUGGUAAAUAUGGCGGUGCAGGAUGGCGGUCUCUGUGGAAACCUCGUUCCAUGUAGAUCUUUCAGUCGUUAAAGAUUGACGUCUUUAUCUUGGCUGUCGAAGCUUUAACCGUCCGAGUUGUAACGUGAUAUCACCUCCACCUGAACAGAAAACGACUCGAGAGCUUCGUUUUUGUACUUCUACUUUUUUCUACUGGACUGAAAACACGUUUUAAACACCAGAGUUCAAAAAUAAGAGGAAACAACACAGAUUAUUUCAAAGUUUCUGAUCCUCCCCGUCUGUUCUUUUGUUUUCUGAAAAGUUCUUGGACCUGCGGGUGGCGGUUCUGGGAAAUGUCGACUCAGGAAAGUCAACUCUGCUGGGCGUCUUGACACAAGGAGAGCUGGACAACGGCCGAGGCCGGGCGCGACUCAACCUCUUCAGACAUCUCCACGAGAUCCAAACCGGACGAACCUCCAGCAUCAGCUUUGAGAUCCUGGGCUUCAACAGCAAAGGAGAGGUGAGAGCGAGCGGGCGAGCGAGCGAGCGAAAGACGGCCU